AUGGCGUCCCUGGCCGCGUCCUCGGCUGUAGUCCCCACCUGCUAUAAGGAGACCACCAUUGUCCCAGUGCCCAAGAAAAACAAGGUGACAUGCCAAAAUGACUAUCGCCCUCUCGCGCUCACCUCAGUCAUCAUGAAGUGCUCCAAGCGGCUUGUCAAGGCCCAGAUCAAGAUGGAGGAGGGCAGUCGUGCAGUGCAUCUGGGGACUCUGAUCGCCCUCAUGGUGGAGGAAGGGUUGUGGCUGAGCUCGGCAGCACACAGUCUAGACACACUCGGUCUAGAUCCCCAGCUGGCCACACCCACUGGACACAUGUAUCGUCACCAAGGAGGUACCUACACAGAGAUCACUGCCUCCAACGUAUGGUGUGUCAUUGCCCAGAGGCUAACGCAGUCCAAGACCACCAUCCCCCAUGCCUACGCCACCGUCGACUGUGACCUGGGUGCCAUCUUGCAGCUGCGCAAGGAGAUGGCCAAAGCAGAGAUCAAAGUGUCCGUCAAUGAUUUUAUCAUCAAGGCUCUGCCGGAGGUCAACGUGACCUGGUCGGGGGAGGCCCCCCAGGCGCUGGACUCCAUCAGCAUCUCCAUCGCUGUGGCGACUGAGAAGGGCCUCAUUACCCCCAUCAUCACAAACGCUGCCGACAAGGGAGCACUGGCCCAAAAUGCUUGGGAUGGGAAGCUGCUUCCUCAUGAGUACCAGAGAGGCUCAUACAGUAUUUCUAACCUGGGCAUGUUUGGCAUCAGUGGGUUCAGUGCGGUGAUCAACCCUCCGCAGGUGUGUAUCCUGUCCCUGGGCACCUCCAAGGCUGUGCACCGUCUGACCGAGGAGACCUUGAGCACCGUCACCCUGUCUAGUGACGGGUGCCUAGUGGACGACAAGCUGGCAUCACGCUUCCUGGACAAGUUUUGUGUCAAUCUGGAUAGGCCGCAGUGCAUGUCACUAGCAUGAGAUGGAGGGAUGGAGAAUGGGAAGGAAGGAGAGAGGGAACUCUUCCAUCGUGAAACUUACAGUGUGUUCUGCAAAGGAGCAGCUGUCUUAUUUUAACUAAAUUAACAUUGCCAUGGCUAGUUGUGCAUAUAUGUUUUAUUUGACCUUUAUUUAAUUAACAAGGCAAGUCAGUUAAGAACAAAUUCUUAUUUUCAAUGACAGCCUAGGAACAGUGGGUUAACUGUCUUGUUCAGGGGCAGAAUGACAGAUUUGUACCUUGUCAGCUCGGGGACUUGAUCUUGCAAACUUUCGGUUACUAGUCCAACGCUUUAACCACCAGGCUACCUGCCGCCCCGUAGAUACAGCAGAUGUGACUUUUUAUGACCUCUGCUAUGUCAUGAUCAUCAAUGAUAAGGCUUUUUGAUGGAGGUGCCAAUGCUACGACCCAUGUCUCAAUGAGUUCUUAUCCAUUCACCUGGACAAUGCAAACCGAUGCUGACUGUUAUGUUUUUGUACUCUCAAGUAUUUAUUAUUGGCCAUGGACUGCACUGCGUUUCUCCUGUGUGAAUACAUUUUUCCUGACAGAGUGAGUGGUACUUUGAAAUUUCCCUCAACAUUCUGACUAAAGACUUUGUUGGGAUUGUAGGUUCUGUUAGGUCUCCUGAAGGGUUACGAGGAGAAACAAAAUCCACUGAAAUCUCUCAAGAUUGUCUAUAUGAUAUAUUCUAAUUUACCGUAUUUAAAAUACUGUAUUAUAACCACCCCAAGAAAACAGAUGUCAAAAAUACACAUGGACAAAGCAGUAGAAUGGCCUUACUAAACAACUCAUUGACAUUCCAUGCGCCACUGUCAUAUGAUGCCAUCUUUCCAACAAGUCAGUUUGUCAGGUGUCUGCCCUGCUAGAGUUGCCAGAGUCAACUGAAAGUGCUGUUAUUGUGAAGUAGAAACAUCUAGCAGCAACCACGGCUCAGCCGAGAAGUUGUAGGCCACACAAGUGCACAGAACGGGACCGCGAGUUCUGAAGCAUGUAGCACGUCUGUCCUUGGUUGCAACACUCACCACCGAGUUCCAAACUGCGACUGGAAGCAACGUCAGCACAAGAACUGUUCGUCGGGAGCUUCAUGAAAUGUGUUUCCAUGGCCGAGCAGCCGCACA